AAAUCAUAGAAACUCAACAACAAAAUAAAUCAAAGAAAUAAACAAAGGUACAUUCCUUUUCUCGUUCUUCCCUUCUUCUUUACCAUUUCUAAACAUAAAUUAAGAAAACUUGCAUUCAACGGUGUCACUAACACUGACUUCACUCCCUUUCAUCCUCUACGAAAUACAUUUUAGAUUUUAGGGUUCUCUUCAACCUCAUAAUUUCUUUAAUUUUCGAAGACAAAAGCUCUGUAUCGCCCCCAUUUUUAAUGAGUCAUGUGUUGAUUAUUGAUUAACUGUCAUGGCGGUACGUGAUUUACCAUUCAAAGUGGGUGCAUCAGCCGAAUCAAGAUCAUUUAGCGAGGGCUUUCGCGGUGCGUGGUUCCGCUGCAAGAUAAAGGAUAAUAUAAAGGGAAAAAGACAGAAGUUCAUGUUAGAGUAUAUUGACUUUCCUGGUGAAGCUCCAGAGUCAAUUUUGUUAUAUCAAAAGUGCCCAACUAAGACUGGAAAGUUACAGCAGAAAAAGGAGAUAAUGCUGCGACCACCCUUUCCUACAGUAUAUCGUGAAAGUGAAAUGCCUGAUGUCAAUACCAUCUCAGAAGUGGCAGUUGUUUUCAAGGAUGUCAGGAAGAUUGGGGAUUUAGUUGAUUGGUUUACUGAUAGUUGUUAUUGGUCUGGAAGAGUAAUUCAAAUCUUGGAGGAUGAUAUGGUUGAGAUAGAGUUACAUCCGCCUCCCAUAGGUGAAGGGGAUUCUUACAAAGCUUUCUGCAAGGAUCUGCGGCCAUCUUUAGAUUGGUCUUCAAAAUGUGGCUGGACUGUUCCUACUUCAUUGAACAGUAAACAUGAUCCUUGUGCUCGGAUACUUAAACCUGUCAAUCAAGGCAGAAGUUCAACCUUGUUGUCGCAUUCUGCAAGUGAAGAUACAGCUGCUCUUUUGGGUGUUGAUGCAACAUCUCAAUCUUCAUUGGUUUCUCAUGCUUCUUCUAACUCAUCACAACCUUUUGAUAAGUUGGAAGAAAACGAAAAGAGUGCUUUGUCUCUGACAACAGAAAAGGAGGUGCAAACUUCGGUAACAGAUGUGAACUCAGAUAUGGCAAAUAAUGGUGGUAUUGGGAAAAUCGGUUGUGCUGAUGAUGAUUUAAUUUCACAUACUAAAUCUACACCAAAUGGAGUAAGGGGAACUAAUGUUUCUCCUAUAUUGAAUUCACUUUCUGAUCAGUUGGAAGGAACCGAAACACAACUUCCGUCUACUAUAAUAGCUAAUGAUAUGCAUUUGCCAGGAAAAGAUAUGAACUCAGAUACGACAGCUGAUAGUGGCUUGGGGAGAACUAAUUGCUCUGAUAAUGAUGCAAAUUCACAUGUUAAAUAUGCAUCAGACGAAAUAGGCGGAACUACAAGUGGUAAAGACAGAUUUGAUGAUGGUGGCUCCUCAAAGAAGAUGAGAAUUGAUGGAAACAUUCCCCCAACUUUGUUGUUUUCCAAUACAAUGGAAGCUGCCAUUGUGAACUUGGAAGAACUUGUUAACUGUGUAAAAUGGAUGAAGAGUAGUUUACAAAAUGAUAUGCCAUCAUCAGAUAUACGUCCUUCGUGGAAAUUUUUGGCACACCAUGCUUCCUCCUCACCAAAAUGUGCUUCUCUCAACUGCAAGUUAACUAAGGAGUUCUGAAUCUUUCAGAAAAACUAGGGAGUUUUGAAAGUGGCUUUUGAUGCUCGGGAAGAAAAUGAUUCAUGUCUCUUCUGCUGACUUGCUGGGGAUGAUCGAGCUCAUUGAUGAGAUUCAAUCACAAGACGUUACAAAUGAUGAUUUGCUGAACAGAUCAAAUAUCAGAAAUUCAGACCACCGAGUGUUAAUGAAGGAAUUUUGCUCACCUUGGUGUUAAGCUUCUUUGUUGAGUAAAAGUAAAAUUCUUCUGAGUCCUAUUGUAUGUCAUCAAUUUCGGGCUUUUAUAAUAUUAAUACCUUACCUUUAGUUGCUUCAACUGUAACGCUAAAUUUCUAGCAGUGUGGGUAUUGAAAAUCUAAAUAUAAUCAUUCUCAUUUCCUGUAUAAGUAUGUCUUCAUUUUUUAUAUUUUGAAAUUUUACUUGCGUUUAGAGCAUAUUAGAUCG